CCAGUCUUCUGUAGCUGAAUUUUCUUUUCAAAUAAUAUAUGCCCAAUGGAGAAGCUUAGGAAAUUAAGUGGAUUUCAUGACAGAGGAUUAUUGGAAAAAGCCAGGCUCUAUUUAACAAGAAAACCACUGCCGUCUCUGGAAGAAAGGAAGAAGUAUGAUUAUGAAUUUGCAACUUCCACCUCAUUCCAUGGAGUGCACAAUAUUGUUCGUACAAGGAGCAAGAGCCGUAAGGCACUGUGGAUGACAGUAGUCGUGGGCUCCAUUUGUUUGGUUGCCUGGCAAAUCGGCAGUCGUUUUGCCAAUUAUUUCAGCUGGCCCACAACAACAGUGGUAGUUCAGUAUGUGGAAAACAUAGAGUUUCCUGCUGUAACUUUUUGUAAUCUGAACAGGUUCCAAACCCAAGCAGUAGCUAACCUGAGCGCCAUUUUCUUCCUGUGGAGCAUAGUGUCGGGAGUACUACAUUUGUUCGAUACUAGGGAAAAGUUUGGCCAAGAGAUAAUAGACUUCCUUCAUGGGAAUCAAAAUUUCAGCAUCAAAGAAUUCACAAGGAAUAAUGGUUUCUAUCUCAACAACAGUACAUUGUUGGAUUGUGAAUAUUUUGGGGAGCCGUGUUAUCCAGAGAACUUUGAACAUGUCUUCACUGAAUAUGGAAACUGCUUCACCUUUAAUCAUAUUAACAUUCCAGCAAAAAGAAGAGUGAGUGUCUCUGGAAGGGGCUUGAGUUUGCUUUUCGAUGUCAAACAGGCAGAGUUCACCGAUGACCCCACUCUUGGUUUUAUUGAUGUCGGCAUCACAUUUGCUAUCCACUCACCUAAAGCACCUCCCCGAUUUGAUGGUUUAGGUGUAUCAACCCCAGUAGGAAUGCAUGCUCAUGCUGCAAUCCAACAGGUGAAGACAAUUAUUCAAGAAUACCCUUGGGGAGAAUGCAAGCCAAACAUCAAACUUCAGCACCACAAGAUCUAUAGCACCUAUGGAUGCCUACAAGAAUGCAAAGCACGCCAUAUUCAAAACCAUUGUGGAUGCUUACCGUUCAUGCUCCCAGGAAAUGGCACAGAAUGUGACUUGGACAAAUUUUACAAUUGUGUUUCUCCUGAACUGUAUAAAAUUGAGCUCGCAGGAUUGUGUACAGCAGGAACACAUAAUUCCACUUGCCCUGUGCCUUGUGAGGAAACAGAUUAUCCAACCACCAUUUCCUAUUCAACUUUUGAAAGUGAAAAGGCUUUGAAAUUUCUUUCCACAAAGCUGAAGAAACAUCCAGAAUAUAUCAGGCGUAACCUUGAUAUUGACAUUAGAUAUCAUGAUUUGAAUUACAAAAUGACCCGGCAGCAGAAGGCAUUGAGUGUAUCUGAGCUACUUGCUGAUGUUGGUGGCCAACUUGGUUUAUUUUGUGGAGCCAGUAUGAUUACGAUCAUAGAGGUUGUGGAAUAUAUUUUCACCAACUUCUGUUGGAUGUGUGUCUUUCUUCUACUGAAAGCACCAGAAGUGCCCAACUGGAAUACUACAGAUCAGAUGCACAAGCACACAAAAGAAGAAUACAAGAAUGUUAAGGGCUUGCAGAAAGGGAAUGGAAGAAGGUGAAGUUUUCUUUUCAGUAAAUGGCAUUUUGUUCUGAAGAUAA